CGCGCUGCGCGGCCGCGGGCGACCUCCGUGCGCGGCCCCGUGGCGAGCGAGGCUCCCGUGGCCGCGUGCUGGGAGGAGGCCGGAGCCCAGCGGGGAAGAAUGGAGUUGGCGACUGGCUCGCAGAUCCCUAAAGAAGUGGCUGACAUCUUUAACGCCCCCAGUGAUGAUGAAGAGUUUGUCGGUUUCCGAGAUGAUGUUCCCAUGGAAACCCUGUCAUCAGAGGAGAGCUGCUAUAGUUUUGACUCACUGGAGUCAGGGAAGCAGCAGGAUGUGCGUUUCCAGUCCACAACCUUCACAGAAGAGCUAAGGAGAAUUUUUAGAGAGGACAGUGACUCAGAGACGGAAGAUUUUGAAGGAUUUACGCAGAGUGAUCUGAAUGUUAACAGUAACGCAGAAGUAAUGCUCGUGGAGUCAGAGCUCAGUGAUGAUGGUAAAGCAUCUUUCAUGAGUGAGGAAGAGGAAGAUGAAGAAGAAGAGGCUCCACCUAGAAGCAGCAGGCCGAGAAGAAGCAGUAUUGGUCUUCGGGUAGCCUUUCAGUUCCCCACCAAGAAACCGGCAAAAAAUGCCGGUAAGAACAGUUCUCCUGAGCCGUUGUUUUCUGGCUCGCACAUACAGGACAGUAAGAGUGGAAUUCUUGGAAGAAAGACAAGCUGCAGACAGAGGAAGGAAAGGGAAGAUUCUGCCUCUGAGUCUGAGGACGACUCCAGGGACGAGGGCCAGGAGAGCUCAGACGCCCUGCUGAAAAGGACCAUGAACAUCGAGGAGAACAAAGCCAUGCUUGCUCAGUUAUUGGCGGAAUUGAACUCAAUGCCAGAUUUCUUCCCGCUCCGAACCCCGAACUCAGCUUCUAAGAAGAAAGCAGUGAGGCGGGCCUUCUCAGAGGGACAGAUCACACGGCGCACCAACCCGGCCCGGAGUGCACGGCCUCCCGAGAAGUUCGCCCUGGAGAACUUCACCGUGUCGGCCGCCAAGUUCGCAGAAGAGUUUUACAGUUUCAGAAGAAGGAAGACGACAAGCGGGGGGAGAUGCCAGGGAUAUCGACGACGUCGCCGUGUAUCUUCUUUUCGGCCAGUGGAGGACAUCACUGAAGAGGACUUGGAGAAUGUGGCCAUAACUGUUCGAGAUAAAAUCUAUGAUAAAGUUCUGGGUAACACUUGCCACCAGUGUCGGCAGAAGACCAUUGACACCAAGACGGUGUGUCGGAACCAGAGCUGCGGCGGGGUGCGAGGACAGUUUUGUGGGCCUUGCCUGCGGAAUCGCUACGGGGAGGAUGUGCGAUCGGCGCUGCUGGACCCGGGUUGGGUGUGUCCUCCCUGCCGGGGCAUCUGCAAUUGCAGUUACUGUCGGAAGCGUGAUGGUCGCUGUGCCACAGGCAUCCUCAUUCAUCUGGCCAAGUUUUACGGUUAUAAUAACGUUAAGGAAUAUCUGGAGAGCUUACAAAAGCAGCUGGUAAAAGACAACUAAGAGAAGAACCAGCCAGCUCACCAUGGAGGACUCCGACAAGACAUGCCAUUUGUGCCUAAGAUUUCUUAUGGUUGUGUUUGUAUACAGAAAUUCUUUGUAGAUCUAAAUAUUUUUUUUAAAGAUUGUUUGUUUAUAUACUUCAAAAGAUUUCUCAGGAAGACGAGAGAGGAAUCGACAUAUAUGUAUACGCAGGCCUGUUUAUAGAUUGAAUUGUUAAAAGCAUCUGCAGCUGAUUUAAAAAACAUAGUUUAGAUGGGGGGGGGUAGAGUUACCCCAGAGAAAACAUUGUGUAAGCAGCUCUUGCCUUUGUUGCCUUGAUCUUUUACCUCCCAAACCAGUCCCUGGAGGCCAGCUUGUGACGGGUUACGUCCCCUUUAAGUUUACCUUAUCACAAGUGACCAUAGUUUAAGCUGCUCUGGGUCAUUGGAAAUUUAUAUUGAAAAUGUUCCCCUAAAUUACAAGGUGCAAUUACCUGUAGAUCUUGAGUUUUAUUUUUGUUAACACUUGAACAAAAAGUGGACUGUCAGUCACAUUCCGGACACUGGAGGGCUGCUGGCCAGGAGGAGCGGCUGCCUGGGGCCAGUGGCUUCUAUAUUUUAAGAGAAUAUAAAGGCUAAUACUUCUUGUUUAUCUACAAGAACUAGGCUCCCGCGUGUAUGGACCGGGAGCAGACUUCCAACCAUAUUGUUUUGGAGGUUCAGUGGAACGUUGAUGAAAAUGUGAUCUAUACUGUACUCUUUUUUGUGUUGCAGGAAGGCUGGGGAGAGCUAAAAAUGAACAUUUUCAGUAGGGUUCCCAUCUUUUUUUCUACAUUUGCUUCUUUUUGUCCCCCUUCUCUACUUUUCAGAGGUGGUGUUUGUUUAAAAACAACGAAUGCUAAGUUAGUUACUUAAAAGGUACAUAAGCUGGACUCUGUUUUAUGCCUCUCAGUAGGAUAAACGACCGUGCGGGAACAAGGACAUCUCCGCGGUGCUCCGGCGGGAGGAAUAGAAGCCCCUCUGCAAGGGCCGUUGUUACGCCUCCAGCAGGAGGGCCACGCCUGCCAGGACCCAUUUGGCCGCCUUUUCUUUGCUCUUCAACCUGAAGGUCCAGACACGGUUGGGGCCCCUCGUUUUGGUUUUGUACACAGGGCACUCGUAGGUGUGUUGGGUUUCCUGUCUGUCCGCGGGUAUGGCUUUUGCAAAGAUGACUGGCAUUGCAGACCUUAACUCCUUGAGGUAGGCGUCCACGAUGGCUCCUGACUGGCUGUCCCAUCUGGCACCUACAGCAUAAACCCAAGGGUUACAACCGUGCUGUAUGUUGGU